CUUCUGUUGAUCGGAGAAUCCCGCGCCGCAAGCAGCUUGUUCAGAAUCAGCAUUUUUCCUAGUUGUACUUCUGUCGUCAUUUUCGAGCGAAGGAUUUUCACCGCAGUGACGCGGUCGGACCGUUCAGUACGCUAUCGACAUUCGAUGCUAGCGGACGCGGAUAUUUCUUUCCUCUAGACUCGGGAAAGAAAAACUUCGACUUGGAGUGUGGUUUGGAUUUAGUGGCACGAAUGAGAUUUUAUUCGAUGUACUUUAGUCAAAAUUCUUAUAAACAGUGAUUAAGGUGUAUUGUGUAAAGUUUUGUUUUUCGGAAUAAAAACAAAUUAAUAUCAGUUCUAGCGAAGAAUUCCCGACAAAACCAAAAGUGAUCAUAUGUGACAUGAAUUCUAUGAAUGGUGAUUGAAUGAAGUGAUAUUCGAUCUUCUAGAAGAAGAGAAACAAAAGAUUCAAAUAGAGCAGUUUAGUGUCAUUCAAGGAUAUUUAUAGCGCAUUCAUCCGAUUUGUCCCGAGCGCAAAGUUUGCCAUUGAAACCAUCGAUUGGAUUGAGCGAUACGGAGCGGGUCAACAAUUUCGUAUUGUGUCCUUCGAUCGGAUAAUCCCGAAAAGGUUGCAACAGGAUACAACCCGAUCAACAAUGUGUCAACGUUAUCAACAAGCUGCAGAAAUUUUCCGGCGAUGUUGAUUAGAAAAUCCAGCUCUAGUCGUAAUCUGCAUCGAGAAAACUGAAUCCAAAGCUGCCUGCAAAUGGAAAAGUGCAAUUAAUACAAGUCUGAUGAGUCUAACUCUAAGUGUAGUGAUCAAAGUUUAGUAACAUGGCGGGCGAAGUUUGCCAAUUGUUUGCGUUUGUGACAUUGACAGUCCUUCUGCUGUUUUUAUUUAUCGAAAUGAGCUGCGCCUACAAGAUUUCAACGGCCGACCCGGAAGUGAUACGAAUAAAUUUGGGAAAUAAGAAGCUCGUGAAGGAAACGGUUCCACUACACUCUAAGCUGCUAAUAAAGUGCAACUUUGACACUCCAUCGUGGUACAAAAAUGGCAAACCCAUCACAUCGGAUACCAGGAGAGCUAAGUCAUUAAAAUUCAGCGCUAUCAAAAAGACUGACGCCGGCUACUAUUCUUGUGGAUCAGAGUUCAGCGAAUGGGCCAAUCUGACUCUGUCAGUAUUCAGCCAGCAUGAAACGGUCGACCACUAUCAGAGCGAUUCGCCCGGUAGUGGCGCUGGGCAGACGAGCGCGGGUCGUACCCGUGUGGCCAACCUGGAAAAGAAAAGUCUCUACUCGUCGGUUGCGGCAGCGGCAGUUGUUUCUACGCCUCAAACUUAUACAGCCCGCAGUGCACCGUUGGAUAUCGUGAACAAUGAUCUGGUCGAGAGACCUCCGGAGUUCAACGUGGGUAGUAAAAAUCACGUGCUGGCUGUCUCGCGUAGAGCUGGUGACAACUACAAGCUCAAGUGUGAAGUUGUCGGUGAGCCCAAGUUUCGAAUCAGCUGGUUCAAAAAUGACAGAAUGUUGAAUACCAAAAUCGGCAACAAGUCCAGUAUUUUGUUACAAUCGUUAGAUCCCGAGGAUAGUGGUAUUUAUGUGUGUAAAGCAUGCAAUGUGAAUGGAAUGCAGUGUGUUAAUUCGACAACAAAACUGGAUGUGAUUGAAAACCAAGAAGAACCCUACGAUCAAUAUAAUAAGAUGGAAAGCCAUUCUCAGCUUUCCGAUAGUGAAGAGCCGGAUAGUCCAGACUAUGUCGUAGACGAUCACAACUACACAGAAUAUGACGAUGUGGACGAUGAAGAAGAGAAUGACGAAGAUGCCGGUGUGAGUGACGGUGCGGAUCAACAGGGAGGUAAUCCUGUGGGAGAAACAACGGAAAACUUACCGGCUGUGGUUGGACCGAGUGCAGAGCUAAGACCGGGGCCACCGUAUUUUACUAAACGGGAACACAUGGUCGGUCUCAUGCCGAAGCCUUCCGGAAAUAUGGUUCGUCUACGUUGCCCUGCGCACGGCAACCCGAUGCCGAACAUAACUUGGACGAAGGAUAACCAGAAGAUUGUUCGAAGCAUGGGCUCGGUAAAAUACGCCAAAUGGUCUAUCGUGCUGGAAGACUUGGUACCGAAGGACUCUGGAGCAUACACGUGUAAAGUGUGCAACGAUCAUGGCUGCAUUAGCUUCACCACCAAGUUGGAAGUAAAAGAUCGUUUUCCAGCGCGACCAUAUAUCAAAGAAGGGUUUUUGCAUAAUACAACCGUACUGGUGAAUUCAUCCGCUACAUUCGAAUGUCGGACUAUCUCAGACCUCGAGCCACAUAUCGAGUGGAUAAAGUUCCACAUCGUUAAUAUGGCGAACCCAGAAAUACCGGAAAACAUUACCAAGUUGGAGCGAGAUUCCGACAACCCCGAGGUAUUAACGCUGGAGAACGUCACUCAUGCCGACGAAGGAUGGUACACCUGUGUGGCUGCAAACACUCUCGGGGCAUCUUACGAAAGCGCCUACCUGCGCGUUGUGGACGAAUUUCCGGAAGAUGACGCUCCUACGGCACAUCCGGUGCGGCCCCAUUCCACGCUGAUCACAAUCAUGACUGUGGUGCUGUCGGGUUGCUUCAUGGUCCUGGCCAUCAUCGUAGUGAUUGUGUGCAAGAAGCUGAAGCGGGAGAAGAUGAAGCACCGGGCAAUGGAGCACGUGAACCAGUGGACUAAGAAGGUGAUCGUGCUGAAGCAACCAGCGAUCGAGAACAGCAUUCCGGGGGUGACGGAAGCGAUGCAAAUGCCAAUCGUUCGUAUCGAAAAGCAGCGCUCGACGCUGGUGCAAAGCGGUUAUUACGAUCCCGCGUUGAUCUCCGAGUACGAGUUUCCAAUCGACUUGAACUGGGAGUUUCCUCGCAAUAAACUUCUGCUGGGGAAAAAUCUCGGCGAAGGUGCUUUCGGUAAGGUGGUCAUGGCGGAAGCGCAAGGACUUAUUAAGGGUCAAGGUUCCAGCGUAGUUGCAGUGAAAAUGUUGAAGGAGGGUCACACUGAUGCUGAUGUCAAGGAUUUGGUUUGUGAGAUGGAAGUUAUGAAAAUGAUUGGCAAGCAUGUCAACAUUAUAAACCUGCUCGGGUGUUGUUGUAAAGAUGGGCCACUGUAUGUCAUCGUGGAGUACGCUCCACAUGGAAAUCUAAAGGACUUCCUGCGAUCUCACCGCUUUGGAACGAACAACUACGAUUCGGUUUGCGGGGAGAAGGAAAAGAAGAUCCUGACAUUGAAAGAGUUGAUUUCAUUCGCAUACCAGAUCGCACGAGGAAUGGAGCAUUUGGCAUCAAGAAGGUGCAUUCAUCGAGACUUGGCAGCACGCAACGUGCUGGUAAGCGAAGGGUAUGUAAUGAAAAUUGCAGAUUUUGGGCUUGCGCGGGACAUCCACAGUCAGGAGUAUUAUCGGAAAACAACUACCGGCAAGUUACCGAUUCGGUGGAUGGCUCCGGAAUCUUUAGAGGAAAAGUUCUAUGACUCUCAAAGUGAUGUAUGGUCAUUUGGAGUUUUACUUUGGGAGAUUAUGACGCUCGGUGGUAAUCCUUAUUCUUCAAUUCCUACGUGGGACAACCUGCUGGAACAUUUAAAGAAAGGAAAGCGAUUGGAACAGCCACCUCUUUGUCCGAUCCAUAUUUACGUUCUGAUGCGUGAAUGUUGGAACGAGAAGCCGAAGGUGAGACCCACCUUCAGUGAAUUAGUGCAAAAUCUGGAUCGACUAGUUUCUAUAACAUCCAACGAGGAGUAUCUAGAUCUUGGCCUUCCUACACUGGAAACGCCACCGUCCAGUGACGAUGAAUCAGACGAAAGCGAAAACGAUUUCGGUAGCGAACGGAUGCGGAUGUAUCCAUUUAAUCAUAGUCACACCACCGAAAGUACGUUUUGAAAGGAGUGCGUCAACCGAACUGCAUAGAUUUGUGCAAAUAAAAAAAAGGAAACAAACGUCCAGAGCUCGACAAGUAUUUCUAACGUUUAGAGGUAAAAUCUGUUGCACUUGUGAAUGGACGAAUUUAACGCGUAUGUAUGCCUGAGGUAGAUUGUUAUUUGUUAAGAACAAAGCACAAGACUGUAUUUAUUAGAAUGUAUUAUAUUUACUAUGUAAUUAAUGUAACCAACCAAUGACAAAGUGGGAAUGUAAGCAGCUAGUCAGAAAUUCCUACGUUCAACGAGCAUAAGCCAUGAAGAAACGUGUCCAUUUUCAGCACUAAAUGUAAAUAGAUCCGCAAUAUACAUUAAGUGUUUAGGCUCUAAGACAACAGUCAAGCAAGACCAAAGCGUAUUAAUUCGAAAACAUGUUAGGGCAGAAUAAUACUCUAGCCAGUUUUCACGUCAAUGUAUCAUUGUUUAGAUUACAUCAACGAUCUAGUAGAACCAAUCAAAAAUCUAAUCCCUACCUGUUGCAAUAUUACUUCUAAUUGUAAAAGUAAUUUUAUCUUAAGUAAGCCGUGUUGUAACAUAUUUAACGUGAUCUUAUUAAAAUAAAAUACGAUUCUGCAUGUUGUUGUGGUGCGGAAUAGUGAAAACGAAAUGUGUCGAAUUAAUUAAGUCAGAAUUAAGCAUCGAAGGCUUAGGAUAAUCGUCAAACACGUCAGCCUGAAAUACCUGCUGCAAUACUUUACCCAUAACAAUUAAGUUAAAAUCGUGCGAUAAUGCUAAAUAAUGUAAAAUUGAAAUGAUGUGAAAUAAAAAUGCAAACAACA